AUGACCAUCACCGCUGCUACACCGACCAUCAAUAUUCCUGCAAGUGGUGCAGCGACAACAGCCACAGCAUCAGGAAAUUCUUCAGGACCCAAAAGAGAUUGGACAGGCAUCGGUAUAGGAGCAGGAGUCGGUGCUGCUGUGCCUCUCCUCGCGUUGAUCGCCGUGGGCAUUGUACUCUGGCGCCGCCAUCGCCGUCGUGCAAUGCAUGUCUCACCUUCAACAAGCAGUUUCUCUCACGAAAGCGCUUCUGAUGCGCCCACCAAAGAAGCCUUUACUACCAAACCUGCUUACCUGAAGGGCUGUGACACCAAUUCGACCCGUACCUACGAGAUGGAUGCCAUGGGCGAGAGAAUAGAACUACCACUAAAGAGUCCCAGAGAGUUACCAGGAUCGGAAGGGGAAAGACAGCGUUACCAGGCCUAUCAACCAAUCCCUUUCAACCAAUCGUAUCGGCAUGGAUAG